UGGUAAGCUUCUCUUCCGCUAGAUGGCGCCAGCUGGCUUUUGCUUGUCUUCAGCUUCCACGAAGGCCUGCCAACGUCAAAUGGCGAUCGUAUACCUUUAGCAAAAGCAGAAGUGCCGUUGCCUAGUGCCUGUUAACUGCUGCCGCUGGCGCAAGCGUCUUAUGGUGCGCUGAGCCGCCUGACAUUACGGUGCUGACGUUACAGCUCUCGCCGUUGUUUAGCUCGUGCUACAUGGAUCGACAGGCAGCGAUGAAGCAAAGCGAAGUGCUGAAGCCGUUUGAUCAGUAAUAGUUAAGGUGCGGAUGGCGUUUUUCGAGGACGUGCCCGCUCUCAAGUAAAUUUUGCACGACCUGCGAGACUGGAUCAAUAGUUUUAUCUUCGGCACUAGGUGGAUAUCUAACGAUUGGUGAAUAGCGUGAAUAGUGCAAAACAACACAUACAGGAUAACUGAACGGGCUUGACACCAUAUGAAGUCUGCUGCAACACAGUGAUAUGUUCAUGGAGAUAACGGCUGUGACUGCGUCUUUACGCAAUCAGCGAUAAGUGGAUAUUUUAUUUAAGAAAGUUGUCUGUUAAUAGAAGUCUGUAAUUUACAGAUGUGGUCGUUUUAAUGCAAUUCUGCAAAAAGUUGUGAAAACGUGAUCUUGCUUUUAUCCAUAGCUACCAUGAAUUUUUGUCGGUGGAUUGCCACCGGCGUACUUCUCAUUAUAAUUGCAACGACGUUAGUUCAAGCGCGGGCCCGCUACUGUUACACAUGUCGUUCUAGGGGUGACAGAGGUGACUGCAAGGACCCGUUCGCGUACAAUUCCACCACUGCUGAAAAGAAUAAAGCCGUUAAGAUCACCCCUUGUGCGUCGCAGUGGUGCGCUAAAUUUAUCGAGGGAAAGGAAGGAGAUGACGAUCUAGCCACAGAAAGGAUGUGUCUUCAGAGGCCACCAGAAGACCAAAUGGAGCGCUGCGCUGAGACGUUGUACCAGCGGAGGAAAGUCUUCAUGUGUAUGUGCAAGGGUGACCUCUGCAAUUUAUCCAGUACCAACCAAAUGUCGCUUUCCGUCCUCGCGAUCGGAAUCUUCAUCGCCUUCAGAGGGAUACUAUAGAACUGCUAAAGCCCACGAACCGUGUUAGAAUUCUUUAUUAACGCUCAUUUUACCUCAGUUAAACUGUUACGACGUUUCUCAAACCUUGUGUUUUUGUACGCUUUUUCCAGAAUUUUUGUAUGCUAUUUAAUUAUGCCGACAAUCAAUUUACAUUGAGCAAAUUGAUCUAGAGGUGAACAAGUCGCAAGUUUAGAGAUGAAAAUAAUCAAACUAGACUUUGGAAACAGUUCAGAUAUUAGUGUGUUCUAUAGCUAUCACUAGUAGGACUUCUUAAUACUACUGUGAACUGCAGCAGGACAAAUUAGAUACAUACUCUUGGCCUAUAAAAUAGGACAAAGGACUUCUUAGUACUACUGUGAACUGCAGCAAGACAAAUUAUGAUACAUACUCUUGGCCUAUAAAAUAGGACAGAAAAAAGGUCUAGCUUAGUAGCGCACAGGCGGUAACCCCUCAACUAAGCCUGCUUGUUCGAUUAAGUGUUAGGUAGGGAACAUCUCUGCUUAUACCUUUAUUCCUAAAGGCGGAUUAUUUUGUAGAAUAAAUAGCAGCACAAAGCCGUUCUCCUACUUAUACAACAUUGGCUCAGAGUCGGAAUGGCGUUGAAAUCAUCUGGAAAAAUCCGUAUACUGUAUACGGUAAAUUUUUCUCUCUUGGUUUAAUUGAUGCAAUUCAUUUACAAACACAUAUGAUGUUAAUCAGAGGGCUCACCUUCUGAAUCGCUCCGGCUGCCAUUAUUGAUUGAAUUAGUAUGCCGUACUCCGCUAUUUUGUAAAUCGAUCGGUAACGUCAGAUCAAUGAUAAUGAUUGCUCUAUUACAGUUGUGACUAUUUUUCAAAAUGCACAUGAUGACGGUAGUGAUCAGAGCAUGCCUCUGACUUUGGCACUAUACUAUAUAUAAUAUUGUCUGUCAUCGUCAAAUUUUAUAAUUAGUCUUUUUUCGAAUGUUUUUACGAUAGUCAGUUCUAUCGUCAUUUAGUAAACGGGUACACAUCUUACCAUACAAACACAUUGUAGACAAUACAUAUAUAACGCUAUACGUAUCGAAUAUAAGAUGACAUCAACAAAUCUAAACACGUAUAUAACAAAAAAGGACGAACGAAGUGACGAAGAAAGUAGUCUUUUGACUAUAAUUGUUAUUUUUGUUUUUGUCACCGUUGAUUCAGCGCAGUAGGAGCGAUGGUCACAACAGCAGACAGCCAAUAAUAGGUACGUUUGGCCGACCCAUUUUUCAGCGGCGGUAUGAUCGGACGACAAAGUACAUUGCCGAUACGAAGCGAUUCGGAGUCUCCUGAAACGCGCGUGAAUAUCCUAUCUAAAACGUUCGAACUAGACUUACUGAAUCAUAGGCUAUCGUAUAUUGACUAUCGGUACGAGCAACAGAGUAUUAUAGGCGAAGCGGCACAUAACUGAUCGGAGAAAGUCGCUAUCGGCCACAAGCUAUCGGCAAAUACAUAUUUACACUUCUGUCCGUUAUCGUUAAAAGACAAAAUCGAAUAAAUAUUUUUUGUACUCAGAGAAAUGUCGUCAUUCAAAAGAGUAUCAAGGGAUAAUAUCUGAAAGCAACACGCUCUCAGAUUAAAAACCAAGCUCCUUGACAACGGCUAACCGUUAUACGUUUGAAACUAAACAAAUCAGUUAAGCUUAUGCACACAAAGGAGAUUAGUCAGGGUCAAAAACAAAGGAUUUGAGGUCGGUAUUUGAUAAACGUUUUGUAAUAAUAACAUGAGCUCAUAUACUAUUGCCGUGCUGCAGCGCGCGAUGAGAAUGAAUCUAAUUGAAAAAAUCUCUUAAAAUACAGUCUUGUGUUUAUAGCUUGAUAAAGAAUAUGGUCAAUGAUAAGGACACAAAAUUGUAGAAGCGAGAGUGCGUCCACACGCAGAAUGUAGACAUUCUGGAUAUUUCGUUUCCAUUAUGAGCGACGAAGACUAUAUCGAAAACCCAACACGAUUCCUGAUACACAUAUUGCCCUAAUUAAGAAAUGUUACUGAAUAAAACAUUAAUAACAAACUGUUGA